ACCACCAUGGCCGCGCUGCACCUCACCGCUCCCGACGCUCUUCUCAAUAGUCCAGGAUCAUCUGUGUUUGACCUGCCAACGCAGCCCUUACAGCCUUCGUACAUUCACCCUCAUUCCCGCUUGGUCAAUUCCCACGUGUCCGACACACCUGAAGACAGGUCCUUCAUCAUCAUCUCUGGGGGCACAGGCUGCAAUGCAAUUUGCGCCGCAUUUUCUCAAGCAUGCUAUGUGCUACCAGUCUCCGAUGAUGGAGGGUCUUCGAGCGAGAUUAUCCGUGUGCUCGGCGGUCCGUCUAUCGGGGACAUUCGCUCUCGACUUGUUCGUCUAAUGCCCUCUGCACCUUCUGGGUCUCCUUUGGACGCCUUACGUACGCUUCUUGCGCAUCGCCUUCCCGUAAAUUGCUCCGAGCAAGAGGCACGCGAUCAGUGGAGGGCGAUCGUCGAGGGACGCAGCGCGUUAUGGGUAGGCAUUCCAAACGACCGCAAGGAGACCAUAAGAGGGUUCCUCGUGUACUUCGAGAAUGAAGUACUCCGACGGGCACAUAAGAACUUUUCAUUCCUGAAUGGAAGCAUCGGAAACUACUUCCUUGCUGCCGCGCAAGGAUUCUUCCGUUCCCUUCCUUCAGCCAUCUUCCUCUUCUCUUCUAUCACUGGAAGCCAGGCAAACAUUCUCCCAGUCAUAGUGACCAACCAUACCGUUACGAUUGCAGCUGAGCUUGCGAGCGGCGUGAGUCUCAUUGGCCAAUGCGAGAUAUCUCACCCCGUGCGAAAGUCGUCGUUCUCUAUUGACAACGACCUUGACGACAGCGCGCUGAACCUUGCAUCUCCCACGGAUGAUCUUAGGGCUACGCUGUCAAAGCCCAAGAAUAUGAUGUUCGACGCGGGCUCUAAGGUCGAUUUUGAGGCGCUUGACGCGCCCAUAAGCAGGCUAUAUUACAUCAACGCAUACGGACACGAAAUACACCCUUCACCGAACCCUGACUAUCUCUCGAACCUGCGCGCGCGGGAAGUUCUCGUGUAUGCGUGUGGCUCUCUCUGGACAAGUAUCAUCCCAUGCCUCGCAUUGCGUGGCGUUGCAGCUGCGAUAGCCGGCGCAUCGUCUUUGCGCGCGAAAGUUCUCUUCCUGAAUUCGAAGAAUGACAGGGAGACGGACGGGUAUGCCGCGACUGACUACAUCGACGCCAUCGUUCGUACGCUCAACGCAUCAUACCGCGUGGAGCCAUAUGGUCUUGGCCACGCCGCGACAAUGUACCCUGUCUCUGCGUUCAUCACUCAUCUAGUAUAUCUGCGAGGCACCUCAGUCGAGGUCGACAUACAGCGUGUCACCGAACUGGGCGUGAGAUGUGUGGAGGUCGAGAGCGAUGUCCUUGGGGAUGACGCUGUUCCUUUGUAUGAUGCUGCAUGCGCGCGCAGGGCCAUGGAGAAAAUUUUAGCAAAGGAAGAGUGAAAUCUUGACUUUCAGGACGGUGCUAACAUUUACGAUGUGAUAUAUUCCGGGAUAGUUGAUAGAUCUGCUUCAGAAUUGAAUUGUGUCAGGUGGU